AUGUCAUCUUUAAGAAUCAGGACACAUCGAGUCGUUUCUACUUCCUCGAUAUUAAAUUGCUUUUUAUCACGUAUUACCCGUAGUAGAAUUUACCCGCCUUUCAAUAGCAACGCUCGUAUACUCGCAGCUCAAAUGAGAUAUGGUAGAAACAUUCGAACUAUUACAGGAAUAAUUUUGUUAAAACGAAAUGUAAAGCGUGAGGCUAUUCGUCUGCGAAUGCAUAAUCUACAUAUCAUUAGUCUUGCAACGGACCAUAUCUGGAAUACUUCAACGGCAGUUCAAAGAGAUCAAUUCGCAACUUUGGCAGCCUCUGUGAAUACUAUAAAUCAAAAUCAUAGAGCGAACUUCAUUUAUAGAAUGACUCAAAUAACUACGCCACAAGAAACAAAUAGUAGUUUUGGGAACGCCCUUUUUAAUGGAAGUGCUUUUUAA